GAGGACAAUGUAGAAGGAAUAGUUAAGGCGCUUCUUGAAUAAAAACAUGUGUUACAAAUGUGUCAACAUGAAGUGCCCAAUCGAGAUGACUGAGGUAUAGAUCGAGAUACAGCAAGCGUUUACUUCAGCCAAUCAAACAUUAGAAUGUUCCAGGGGGUGGAGUCAAAUAUCUUAGCUUUGACAACAAGUAGCGAAACAUCAUCCAGUGAUUCGAAGUUAUUACUUUGUAACAGUCAAUAUAUGAUGUCGAUACAUGACAGUCUUUGUUGUGAAGCAGAGAAGCAAGAAGAGAUGGACAACAAUGGAUAAUAAUUAUAAUAAUCCACUGGAAUAAGUAUGCUGUAGUUCUAAAGUGCACGAGCAUCAGCUGUUUGGUGAAUGUUGGGUUCAGGAGGACACACUGCUGCUAGGAUGCAAGAGCAGAGGAACAUGGCUGACCUGCAGGCUUUCCUGGAGGAUGGCCUGAGUUCAGAGCUGCUGCUCCAGCACCAACUGCAGGAGAUGAAGGAGGCCCACACGCAGCAGCUGCAGGAGACAGAGAGGAGACAGAGAGAGGGCCUUGAGAAAAGGAUCCAGCAGAACUCUAUGCUGUCAGCAGGCUUUGACAGGAAGUCUAGUGCUGACAGACAACUGGACGAUUUUUUCAGCUCUCAGGCCAGGGGACCAAGGAAAUCCAGUUCCAUGUCUGAACUGAUGUCAGGUAUGAGGUCUACCUCGAGGAAAUCCCCACAGCUCAGACAGCCAGGGAGGUUUUUCACAUCCUCUGCAGCCUGGGCUUCUGCCACAACUGUUUCACACAAAGGACCACAACAUCUUCAGCACCAAGGCCCAACAGAAACAGAGCAGCUCCAACUAAGCAAAGAGGAGAAAGAGGAGGCGGAAUGUCAGAGGAAGUUUCGUGCUGUUCCUGUGCCUGGCCAUGUGUUUUUGCCCCUCUAUGAUGAGAUGACGCAGGUGCGGCAGAAAGAGAGGAAGGAAGGCCAUGAACAGAGGAGGGACUUCCUGCUCUCCAUGCAGAAGCCCUUCAGCUUCCUGGAGAGAGAUGAGAAGAAGAGAGAGAAGCUGAUGCAAAUGAUAAGCACGGUGGCACAGUCUCAAAAAGCCACCAAUGUCAGGAAACCAGUACCGAAAGCAAUCAAAGACCAUGCUGUCUCUGAGCAUUUAAAAGAGGAGGAGUUGCGCAGGAAGGUACGCAUCCAGCUGAGGGCCCAGGAGACUUUGAGGAAGUCCACAGCACCUAUAGAGAACCAAACUCAUACUGAGAACCCAGAGCCUCGCACCGCCCAACGGACUAAAAAGGAGGUUCUGGCCUUCCUGGAUCAGAAGCCAACCUUCCAGCCAAAGACCAACUCCCAGGUCCCUGAUUUUGACAGGCUGCACAAGGCCUUUCAGAGGGAAUCACUGAAGAGGGCAGAGAGGAAAAAUGUUACCAAGUGUCAGCCCUUCCACCUGCGGACGUCAACUCUGCCUUCAAGACCAAGCAGAAGCAGCUCUGAAAAAGAACAGGAACCCAUAGUCAGUGCCGUUUUGAAGAGAAGCAAUUCCUUUGGAGGCUUAACAUCACUGUCCACAGAUACGCUUCCCACCUACAUCACAGAUGCAGCAAGGAAACGCUGUAUGGCCAUUAGAAAGUCUGUGGAGCAGAAAGAGAGCAAGGAGCAGGAGAGUGCAGAGUGGAUGCGGAGACAUAGGAAGAGGUCUCAGGCCAUGAAGAAGACAGUGGCUGUCCGCGCCAAGGUCAUGGACCCUCAUAGCAGCCUGAAAGAGGUGUAUCAGGAGAAGCUGAAACAGCACCGGGAGGCCGACCAACAAAGGACGAGAGAGUAUAAGAAGGAGCUACAGGAUAUAAAGGCCAGAGUAACUGUCCGUCCUUACCUGUUUGAACAGGUGUCCCAGAAAAACGCCAAGGCUGACGUGGAGCGUCUAUACAGAGACAAGCUGAGGGAAGCUGGUUUGAAUGAGCAGUUUGUCAAAACAAAGGGAGAAGAGUUUGGAACGGCACCCGUCUUCAUAUUGGAUAACAACGACGAUGUUGAUGACCAAAGUGUUGAGAGUGACAUGGAGAAAAGGGAUGGAAACGUAGACGUCUGGGAGGAAAUUGAAGAGGUAGAGGAAGAGAGCGUGAAAACCAGAGUGGAAUAAAUGCAUUGAUGAAAAAGGUAGACCCGCAUGUAAUGGAACUCCAUACACAGUAGCUAUUCUGCUUCAAAGAGCACUAUGUUCUAAAAUAAUUGUAGUGUAGUUUAACUAUGUUGACCCAGUCUUGGACUGUCUGACAUGUUUUGUCAUGAUUUAUGAUGUUUCUAAAAUGGGGAUAUCUGGCCUCUGGAGCUGUUAAAUUUAUAUUAAAUGGAGCAAAUGUGAGAAAAUGAAUAAAGGUUUAUGGAACUGUAUAUGUUUAUAAGUAAUUUAGAAUGUUAUAUGUUGACAUUUUGCAUGGCAUAUUAAAUGUUUGGCCGCAUAAUAUUUCAACCUUAUUAAAACUGAAUAUCAAAGGCUUA